GUGGAGGAUUCUAUACUUCCUGACUAUUGCAUGGAGUUCAUAUACCAUAUGGGUUGGGUUGUGGUGUUAGUUAAGAUGCUUUCUUUGUGUGAUAUUAAGUGGUUUUCCACUAGUAAUUAGAGAUGGGCCUUUUAUCUUCAUGCAAUCAAUGCAUGAAAUUUAGGUAGAAUGUGCAUUUUCAUCUUUGUUUUGCUUACUUGAGUUUUUACAGUAUCAAUGGCUGGAAUGCUCCCCGGCGUCGAAUGCGCCCGAAGGCGGAGAUUCCAUCAAGGAGGAUCAGAUCCGCCCGUUGGGGUUAAAAAAGGAGGGACGAGGCGUUCUUCUUUCUGCCUAUACACAAGCAGUCGCGACUCGCAUCUCAAUUACAACACUUGGCACCGGAGCGCGACAACUCAAAGUUUCAAAGCUGAAAAGCUUGGAGACAUAGCUAGAGAAGCAAAGGAAAGACUAGAUGAGAGACUGAGGAGUCAAAGAAACUCAGAAAUCACAAGGCACAACAGCACAGGAAGCAUGAGAUCCACAUAUGAGGAUGGUGGCGGGAGCUUUGGCUCGGCGAUCAUGAGCAGCCUUCACAAAGAGAUUUUCGGAUCAAAGAAGAAGACAUCGAAGCGGUUUAUCUGGGCCAAGUUGGGGUGGAAGGCGUCGGAGCAAGACGAGUGCGUCGUUUGCUUGGAAAGGUUCAAUACCGGCGAGCUUCUCGUGCACCUACCUUGUGCCCAUCGGUUCCAUUCCAGGUGCCUGGUCCCAUGGCUCGAGACCAACACUCAUUGCCCAUGUUGUAGGACCGAAAUAUUAUCUUAGGCUGCGUUUGGAUGCAAAAUUGAGUUGAAUUGUGAAAAUUCAGUUCUAUAAAGAGUAAAUGACCAAAUUGUUACUUUGAUUGCCCUCAGGUUGUGGUUUAGAUUCCUUCCUAUUCCAUCUUUGGGGGCCAUCCAUUAACCAAAGAGGAGAUAACUAUAAUUUGAGAAUUUCCUCUUUAUUAUGCGAAUUAUUACAAUACAAUUCGAUGGUGAAUCCAAACGCAGCCUAAUGCAACACCAAUAUCCAAUUAUUUAGUAAUCCAACCAUGUUCUUGUGAUCAUCGUGCUUGUUUGUAUAUAAGACGAUUUUUAUGUGUGAAAAUGGUAUAUUAAUUAGGAAGGAGAUGGAAUUCAUCUGUGU